AAGAAGUUUUCAAUGGAAAAUAAUAAGAGCGAAGAUUUUUUUGAUUUGUUUAAGGAUAAAGUGGUUUCUAAAACAAAGAAGUUUUGUUUUAAGAAAGACAAAAUAGACAAAACUAAUGAAAUUGGUGCAAGUGAAGGAGGCGUUAAGUCACCAUUUUUUGCAGAAAAAUGUGUAAAACGUGUAGCAACAGUAAUUGAAUCGAAAGAAAAAUUGGACAACAGUUUUAUAAAGGACAGUGUAGAAAGACAGUUAUACAACAUUUUUAAUGAAGCAUUUGAAGAAGAUGUGGUGAAAAACGAUAUAUGUAAUGAAACCCAAAGUAAAACGUUACCUUCAAAUAAUUUAAGUUGUACUGGAAGAAAAAAUUCCACCAUUCGUUCUAGUUCCACGGUGAAAAAUAGCGCAGUUAAAUCGAAUGAUAACAAAAAUGUUGCUGUAGCACCGGUAUUUUUGUUCAAUAAGAAUAAAUCGGAUACUUCCAGAAUAAAUAAUUGUAAAUCGUCUAGCACUUCAAAUGCUAUCAAAGGAAAAAAUGGUUCUGGAAAUUUAAAACAAAAACAAUUAGUGAAGAGCAGUUCAAAAUUUCAGUUUAAGAAAACAUCAAACUCUGUAAAUACUCCAAGCAGUGCCUUAUUUAAUUGUCCAGAUAGGUCCAAGCUGACAGAUGCAGUUGAUUUUUCACCUAAAAGUGAAUUUCCUAAUACCAAUUCACAUUCAAAUGACUUACUUCAAGAUCGUACGGGCAGUUAUGCAGAGAAUAUUAAUAGACAGUUUAAUCGACAAGAAUCCAUACAUUCAAACAAGGAAGACAGUGUGAAUUCAUUAACAGAAGUGAAUACAGAUAACACUGAUAAUAGUUUAUGUAAUUCUUCCCCUGUGAUCAAACCAAGAAAAUUUGUUUUUAAAAAGAAGAACCAUAUUAUUUCUUCAAGUAGUCUCAGCCAGUUGUCUUCAAAACAGUCUGAAAAUAAUUCCUUUUCAGUACAUGAAACACCACAAACGAAAGGUUUAAGAGUAGGUGAAAGUCCUAUAAUUAUUAGUUCUGAUGAAUUAUUUCAUAACAAUAAAAAAGACGUAUCUCCUAGACAAGUAACAGAAGUUAAGAAGAACCUUUUUCCUAGCGCAGGCUUUGAUGAUACAGUUUUAUGUGUAAGCCAAUCCUUAGAAACUACUCAGGCUGAUUACAUGAGUGAUGAACAAUUUGAGAAACUUUUCUGUAGUGGUAACACAGAAUUAAAUAGUAUUAAUCAAACAACUUCGUCAAAAUCAUCGACCUCCGUAGAUGAGUUCAAUUUAAAUGAUAUAGAUUGGAAUGAAGAGUUUGAAUCUGAAAAACUAAAUUCAGAUAUUUUAAAAGAAGUAGGUGAUGUCAAUUGGCAAGAAGAUGUAUUUUGUGAUAACACGUAUCCUAAAGAUGUAUUUUCUCAAAACACUAUUCCAGAAUUUUUGGGAGUGCGUGGAGACGACUCUUUGGAAUUUAAAAGGAAUUAUCAUUUCUCAGAGGUGAUGAUGGAAGUGUUACGUGAAAAAUUUGGAUUAAGGAAUUUCCGUCCCCAUCAGAGAGAAGUUAUUAAUGCAAGUUUGAAUAGACACGAUUGUUUUGUGCUAAUGCCGACAGGAGGAGGUAAAAGUUUGUGUUAUCAGCUGCCAGCCAUUUUAAGUGAAGGUGUUACAAUCGUUAUAUCGCCACUUAGAGCACUAAUAAGCGACCAGGUAGAUAAAUUAAAUGGCCUUGAUAUUCCCGCUGCACAUUUGUGUUCGGAUGUGACAGAAUCAGCUACGAAACAAAUUCUAUCGAAGCUUCAUAUGCGUGAGCCUGGAAUUAAACUUUUAUAUGUAACUCCUGAAAAAAUAGUCGCUUCAAAUAAAUUAAAGGAUACGUUUGAUUCUCUUUAUCAACGUGAUAAAUUAUCAAGAUUCGUCAUAGAUGAAGCCCAUUGUUUAUCGCAAUGGGGGCAUGACUUUAGGCCUGAUUAUAAACAGCUUUCAUUGUUACGAAGACAGUAUGCAACAGUACCGAUAAUAUGUUUGACCGCUACUGCAACAAAGCAGGUAGAAACAGAUGUAAUAAACAGUUUAAAAUUGAAAAACGUCAAAAGAUUUAUUCGCAGUUUUAAUCGACCAAACAUAAAGUAUCAAGUCCUACCUAAAUCCAAUAGGCUAGCUGUCAAGGAAAUAUCUGAUUUAAUAAAGAAACGUUUUGCGAAAAAGUCUGGUAUCAUCUACUGUUUGUCAAGAAAAGACUGUGAAACCUUAGCAACCAAUUUGAACACUUUGGCUAUUAAAACGAAACCUUAUCAUGCGGGCAUGAGUGAUAAAGUUAGAGAGAAUAUUCAAAGGCAAUGGAUGCAAGACCAGUUUCAUAUUAUCGUAGCAACCAUAGCGUUUGGCAUGGGAAUAGACAAACCAGAUGUUCGAUUCGUCAUUCACAACUCGAUUCCAAAGUCGGUGGAAGCAUUUUACCAAGAAUCCGGUAGAGCAGGUCGUGAUGGAGAAACGUCAUACUCUUAUCUGUUUUAUAAUUAUUCAGAUGUCGGUAGACUGCAAAAACUAAUGCAAAUGGAUAGAAAUUCAAAUAAAAAGGCACUUGAUGGACACAUGGAAAACUUGAAGCAAAUGGUCGCUUUUGCUGAAAAUGUAGUUGAUUGUAGACGACGCCUGCAAUUGCUACAUUUAGGUGAAAAUUUUGAUCGUCAGAUAUGUGUACAAAAUAAAGAGACUACUUGUGACAAUUGUGAAAACUUUAGGAAUUACGAUUUAGUUGAUAUCACAAAAGAGGCCAAAGAAUUGGGAAUUUUAGUACGGGACCUUUCGGUAAAAGGUUGUGUUACAAUGUUUCAUGUCGCUGACGUCUACAGGGGUUCCAAAAUGAAAAAAAUUUUGGAACGUGGACAUAAUGUACAUAAAUAUUAUGGGGCUGGUAGUAAAAUGGAUCGACUUCAAGUAACAAGAAUUCUUAAAGACUUGAUUAUAAGAGGUGUAUUGGAUGACCAUCAUAAAUACACUGGAGAAUAUCCUGUAGUUUAUAUAAAACCUGGGUUAAAGUUUAAAAUAUUAGAUUCACCAAAUGUUAAACUUACUCUUCCUACUAGUACUACGGCAAUGACAACUAACAAAAAAUCUUACCCUGAGUUAACGUUACCUGAUGAAGCUGGACCGUCAAAUGCUGUCGCCACCUUAGUUAGUGAAUCUCCAGUACCGAAGCCGACAGUUAGCAGAUACAAAAUAAGCAAUCUCAAAGUACAGUGCCAUGAGGAACUUUUGGAAGAAUGCCGAAGAUUAGCUCUUGAGAAAAACGUCACGCUGUCAUCGAUUAUGAACUUAUCUGCUAUAAAAAGCAUGUCGGAGGUCCUGCCUAAAACCCAAGAAGAAUUUUUAAAAAUCCAACAUGUUACCGUGGCAAACUUCAAAAAGUGCGGUGAAAACUUCUUAAAGAUUACUUCAAAAUUUAGGGAGCAAGUAGAUGCAUUACAAGUUACUGCUAAACCUUUACAAACUUAUAAUAGUAGUUCUUUUGACGAUGAUGAUUUUUGUUCAUCGAGUCAAGGUGUAAAGAGAAAGUCUACUGGUGGCUACAAAAAGGGAGCCAAGAAGUUCAAAAAUAAUUAUAAAAAGUCUAAAAGGCCGUAUCGUAAAUGGAAAACAAAAGCCGGUACUCCCAAGAAAAAGGCAGCCCAUGGAAAAACAAAGGGGGGACUAGCUUUGAUGCCAAUUCAUAAAACUCUCCUGCAAAUGGAUAGGCAGCAGCUGCAAAAAUUUGUACAGUACCUGAUCUCGGAGCACCACACCGAAGUGCUGCCAACAGCUCAGAAGUUGGCUGAUGAAAUUUUGCAGCAGCGGUCAGAAAUUAAUCAAAUACCUGGAGCUCCUGAUCCUACGGCUGGAGCUUCUGCAGAUGACGAACAUACCUGGCAUUUGGAUGAGGAGCAGGUCUGCGAACAAGUAAAGUCGUACCUCUCCCAGGGAGCCUACUAUAAUGCUAACAAACAAUUAAAUUCGCUAUUUUCAAAGGUUAGAGAAAUGCUACGUGCACAAGAUUCAAAUGGGGCGAGAAUGCUUACUUUGAUCACCGAGCAGUUUUUGUCGGAUCCGAGGUUACAGAUGUGGCGUAAUCAAGGUACCCCAAUGACUGACAAAUGUAGGCAAUUAUGGGAUCAAUUGGGAUCUUUAUGGGUGUGUAUCGUACUAAAUCCAAACUGUACUCAACAUGAGAAACAGCAAUGGAAAGCAUUACUUGAAAAAUGGGCUGUAAUUGAUGUAUGCCCGCCCGAAGACCCAGACUUUCGGUUACAACAAGGAUCGCGAGAUUCAUAUUCAACUAGGGAUCGUGACAGAGAUAGAUACGAUGAAAGGUACAGGGAUAGGGAUAGAUACGCUGAUAGAGAACGUGAUCGUCGAGACAGGAGAGAUCGUGACAGAGAGAGAGAAAGAGACAGAAACCGUGCUGCUUAUGACUCAUCUGACAGUUCGGACGAUGAUGACGAUGACUCAAGUUCAUACAGCCCUAGGAGUAGCAAACGGUUACGUUUAUCAGGGAAUCAUUCUAAGUCACAUACACCUACCUUACCAAGGUCGAUAUUUCAUAGAGCAUUGGAUGCGGUUACUAUGUCUUGGGAUAAUAUGCAUUUAAAGAAUAUUUUGUCUAGUGAUACAUACUGUUCUCAUGUUCCUGACACAUCUAGUUCUGGUAGCUUUAAUUCGCAGGGACAGCCGUUAUGGCAUGAACCAAUACCUCUAUGUGCAUCGCGUGUAGAUUCUCUUCGAUCUCACGGCCAUAUGGAGGCAGCACUCCGCUUGGCUGUUUCCGUAGUGCGUACGAUGAAACAGCAGCAGCUUGUAGCGCAGAGAAAGUGGCACGAAAGCCAACAGAAUACUAGUAGCAGCAGCAGUAGUAGCAAAAUGCAAUCUAAUUGCAAACUGUCUGCUUGUACGUCCAGAUGUCAAGGACAGUGCAACAGUAAUUCCUGUUCUACCACUUCUGUGAAUGCGCCUACAAAUUUAGACGGCUGGGUGGGCCACCCACUAGAUCCCAUCGGUUGUCUGUUUGAUACCCUAGCAGAUGCUUCUAUAAUUCCAGAGAACGAACGACCCAGGACGCCUAGUUAUCUAGAUUUGGUAGGGAUGGAGGAUCAACAUAACAAUAUUCGACCCCGAUAUCACCACGUGCCUGUCGUGGGUUCUCGGGAUAGGUCUGAAACAUAUCUAACGCUUGCCUUCGAGGUGGCCCUUAUUGGUUUAGGUCAACAGAGAAUUAUGCCAGUUGGAUUGUAUGCACAGGAAAAAGCUUGUAAGCAGGAAGACCGGCUCAUAGCCAAGUUACAGGAGAUCGAACUAGAUAACAGCCUGGUGGCUGUUCUAAGGCGACAAGCGAUUAUCCUUCUGGAGGGCGGCCCCACUAGUGGGUUGGGCAUUGGAAUUCACCCUGAAAGCAUACCUAUGCACACUUUUGCUAGGUUCUUGUUUCUGUCACUUUUGAAUUACUAUCCCGAUUUGGCAUAUGAAGUUGGUCUGAGAGCAAUGAGGUUACCACUCUUGGAAGAACACGAGGACUCGGACGAUCCACUCGCGGGGAACGCCAGCAGUUCCCUGAUGAUAAGCCGAUCACCCAGGUGGUUCACCUUAGGUCAUAUUGAAACACAGCAGUGCGCUCUCAGUUCUACAAUGUUGAGUGCAGCCAAGGGUGAAGUAAUGAGACUUCGUACGGUUUUGGAGUCAUCCCAGAGGCAUAUCCACAGUUCUUCCCAUUUGUUCAAGCUUGCUCAAGACGCCUUUCGGUUUGCCACCCCUGAAAACGGCCCCAGGCAUCCUACACUUUUGAGUGUGGCUUUUGAAUUGGGACUACAGGUUAUGAGAAUGACUUUGUCAUCGCUGAAUUGGCGUAGACGGGAGAUGGUACGUUGGUUGGUCACUUGCGCGACAGAGGUGGGUGUGGACGCAUUAAUCUCCAUAAUGCAAAACUGGUAUCAGUUCUUUACGGCCACUGAAGCUACAGGACCCGUCGCCACAACUAUUAUGUCCCACAGUACCAUAAUGCGUCUUAGUUUAAGCUUUAGCCAGCAAGAAGAGUUAUCUAGUUGUGCCAGGACGUUAGCUUUGCAGUGUGCUACAAAAGACCCUCCAAACUGUGCCUUGAAUGCUCUAACCUUAUGCGAAAAUGAAGCUUUGGCCUUUGAGACUGCUUACCAGAUUGUUGUAGAUGCCGCUUCUCAUAUUAUGACGUCAUCGCAACUGUUUACUAUUGCUCGUUAUAUGGAACAUCGGGGCUAUCCCACAAGGGCCUACAAGUUGGCCAUGCUUGCCAUGAAAAACGUGCACCUUGCAUACAAUCAGGAUACACAUCCAGCAAUUAACGAUAUCCACUGGGCGUGCGCCCUUAGCCAUUCUCUGGGCAAAACCGAGCUCUCUAACAUGAUCCCCCUUCUAGUGAAGAACGUACAGUGUGCCACAGUCUUGUCCGAUAUUCUCCGUAGGUGCAGUAUGACGGCGCCCGGCAUUUCAUGCCCACACCCGCCACCCCUAGACAACGGCAAGCACCAGCCCCACCCGCACAGAAGCCGAAGCUGUACGGCUAGUGGUGUUAAGCCACUUUCCUACGACAGGCCCCCACUAAGGCAACUGCUAGAAGCUGCAGUUGCCGCAUACAUCAAUACAACCCACUCUAGGCUUACCCAUAUCUCGCCGAGACACUACGGUGACUUUAUAGACUUUUUAACUAAAGCACGCGACACAUUCAUCUUGGCCCACGACGGCCACGCCCAGUUUACUCAACUCAUAGAGAACAUGAAAGUGGCUUACAAGGGAAAGAAAAAACUGAUGUUUUUAGUCAAAGAGAGGUUCGGCUGAUAUAUGAUGAAAAAGUGGUACACCUAACAGUGCUGGUGUGCGGUGUGAUCGCAAAUGUAAAUUAAAUGUAAUAUUUUGAAUGCUGUGCCGUUUGUAUAAGAUAAUAUGUAGGAGUGAGGUUAGGAAAGAAAAGACUGGGCGGUAUUACAUGUAUGCCUAUGUAUCAGCUUAAUGUUUCUUUGACUGCUUGACAUUUUGUGGGGUUAUGAAAUGGUUGGGCCACGUAUCGUCCGAAUUUUCAUUUGAAGUAGCCGUCCUUGUUAACAGUAUUUUAAAUGUGGAAAGGUAUGUAAUAUUUUAAUUAGUAGUUCAAUUUUUAUUAAAUAAAUUAAUCACAGGAAAUUCAUGUUAAAAUAAAUUCAUAGCCUCGUCUAUAAAACGGGCUUCGAUGAUUAAAUAAAAUGAAGUCAGUAAAUAAUUGCUGAGUUUCAGAUUACCCUAAAUUUAUAAUUAAAUACAAAUUUGAUACGAGACAUGUUUUUUCAAUAAGGUUCGUUUAAAAUUAAAAAAGAAA